AUGACGGUCUUGAAGAGGUACGUGCUAAGGUUGUUUAUCUCAUUGAAGUACAUUACUGCAAAUGUGGUAGACAGAAACAAUGGACGGAUUGUUGCUACAGCAUCAACAGUUGAACAUUCACUCAAGAGCUCACUUGAGUGUGGCCGGUCUUGCAAUGCAAAGGCAGCAGCAGUCGUGGGAGAAGUGUUGGCAAUGCGGCUGAAGGUGGAGGGUCUUGAGCAAGGUCAGGGAAGAGGGAUCCAUGCUGAUGUGAACAAGGAGAUUGCAAAGAAAGGUUUCAAGAACCAAACAAAGAUUUGGGCCAUUGUAAAUGCCCUUAAGAACAAUGGAGUCAAACUCAAUCUUGAUGACGAUGAGAAUGGUACUUCUCGUCCAACCUAUCAAUGA